UUUCUUUGACUUUGUGUUGUUGAAUAGCGGAAGGGCUCCAUCGCCAUGACCACCUUUCGCGCGAGCUUCUGUCGGAGCGGCCUAUGUAGUUGCUAAACGGCUUCGUUUUUUAAAUUGCGACCAAUUUGUAACUUCUGGUGAUGUUCUCUUCAGAUCUUGUGUUUGUAGCUGUAGCAUCUGGUCAUGUUCGGCGUCAAAAUCGAAGCACGCGAGUGAGUGUCACGAUUUUACUUGUGGUAUACUUUUUGGAUUGCUCUGUAGUCUGCUUCAUGCGUGCGUUUACAUUUGCUGAUUUGAAUUGCCGGUGCCAUAGCAGUGGCUUGGUUAGUGAUAUUCGAUCUAUCGUCCGCAUCGAAACCUCUUAAUUCUUAUUGGAUUUCCUUUCUUUUCUUUCUUUUAAUUUCCUCCUUUUGGAUAAAAUACCAUUCGUAGAAAUAUUUAGCUUGGUGCAGUGACGUAGAUGGAAUGAAAUUUCCCCUGCGAUAAUAGCUAAUCGGCAUUGAUUGGCACGUGGUGAUGGUGGAGAAGCAUUGGGAGUUUCACUCAAAAUUGACAUCUGCAUGCUUACCAUGCAACACCUGGUACAUACGAUUUGCGGAAAGCUGGCUUUGAAAACACUCCACUGAAAAUUAACAGAAAUUAUGAUAUGAAGGCCGCUCGGAAUAGUGGUGAGGGUCUGACCUGAAUAACGGUUGUAAUUCUUCUUUCGGAACAAAGGAUAUUGAUAUUGACGCAGAAGUUCAUGCAAUGCAGUUCGAUGGAAAUUAUAGCCACUUUGAAUCCGGCUUGUGAGAUAUCUUCCAAAACAACUUGGUCUCUAAGAGUGGCAGACUCACUGCAAUCAUGGUUAGGAGCAUACUAACACACUCCAUUAAUCCCCAAGGUGUAGUGCUUUAAGUUCCUAGACUGACAAGAGCUUGGUGUAUUUAAUUUACAACCAUGGCUUGGAUAGAUGAUAGUUUAGGACGGCGUAAGAACCCUGGCAACAGAUACAAUUCUAACCAGGUGCAACUGCGAGUUGAUCCUCGGGACCAGCUGGAUGAGAAAAUUUCCGGUCUCAGUGGAAAAGUAGCGCAACUCAAGCAGGAAGAAACAGUAGCCAAGAGACAAGCCAUGUUGACAACCACGAUGCGAAAGCUCAAAAGGACCCUAUCUAGACGAGACAUCAACCCUCUGCAUCCAGCAGUUGGAUUUGCUCUUUUGUGUUUUUCCUGUGUUUAUUUGUACACUAAAUAUCUUGGACCACACUGGUAGGGAAAUUUGUAAAUUUGUAUAACUUUAAACCAAUUCAGCUUUUGUAUGGUCAUGUAAAUUAUCGAUAUUUAAUUCAACCACCGUGGAACUAUCCCCCAAA